UAAGGCGCUGCAACCACAGUUUCAAACAUCAGUUUCAAUUACCCUCUUGCUAUUAUAUGAAGAGCAGAGAGGGACGGACAUGAACUUGCCAUCUAAAGAGGAGUGUGAGGGCUGGAGCCCUGAUCAGGUGGCCCGCUUCAUGUGCCAGAAACAAAUGCCAGAAUGUGCUGAGACCGUCAACAUAUUUAAAAUUAAUGGGCAUAGACUCCUGACUCUGUCCAACAGUGACAUCAGCAAGUUCAGCCUCGUCCAACAACCGCAACUCCAGAAAAUCGUCCAGGACAUCAAUAAGAAUGAAGGCAGCAUCCUUAACAAAUUGAGAAGACUCAAAGUCAAACCAGGCCCAAAAGUCCCAGAAAGAGAUUACCAAGGGGAACAUGUGGACGACAUUGAGAGAUGGUCUGAUGAGAGUGAUGAAUAUGAGGAAGAGGGCGGUGCUUAUGAGCCUCCCCCUGCUCACAGACUCUUCACCCACUCUUCUUCCUCGCCCUUCUCCAGGGAUGAGUACGUCGACAGGUGCGAGAAUCGAGGCGAUCAUCUACCCAGGAUACCCCGGCCCCCAGCCAAGGCCAACAAACCGCUGCCCCCAAAGCCACGGCAGCCCAGUGAUGAGGACGAUUACAUCGAUCCAGAGCUUGGUGAGCAAGACGACUACAUAGAGCCAAGAGAGAACCCCCCACUUAGUGUAAAUAGCAGCCCUAUGGAAACCCUGUGGAAACUCCCAUGUGAUCCUGAUGUAUAUGAAGUCCCAGAGGAGAAUAUUCCAACGGGAAGCAGAUUCAGCCUAAAGACACCAACACAUAUAAUGCCACCAAUAGUCAGACCCAGACUCAUCAGACCCCAGACCCCUGAAUCAUCUCAGGACACGUAUGAAGUUUGUGACCCUGAUCCUAGUCCAGGUCCAAAGGCCAAGAGGGACCCGCCUCUACCGCCAAAACCAUUGCUCAGAGAAAAGCCACCAAAACCAGUUACAAGAACGAAGCAAAUUAAACACAAAGAACCACAAAGCCAAACACUGCCCAUGAUUAACAGUGACCCGCCACAGCCUCAUAAGCCGUUCACUGCUGAUUUCAGAAGAACAAUGAUUCCUUUUCCUCAUCAACAGAUGUUGAACCCCCACAGACAAGCCGAACUGAGCUCAAUUGAAAAUGGAUUGCAGGACAUGGACAAGGAGUCAGACAUUUACGGACAACCCUGGUACGCCAACACGUGCGACCGCAAGGCUGCUGAAGAGGUCCUGAUUCAAUCCAACAGGGAUGGCUCCUUUUUAGUGAGGAACAGUUCUGGGCAGGACGUGGAGCAGCCCUACACGUUGGCGGUGCUCUACAAUGGCAAGGUGUACAACAUCCCCGUGCGGUUCAUCCAAACCACGCAGCAAUACGCACUCGGACGGGAGAAGAAAGGAGAAGAGCAUUUCUCCAGUAUCUCCAGUAUCAUCGAGAACCACAUUAAGAACCCUCUGGUGCUGAUUGACAGCCAGAGUAACACCAGGGACACCACUAAACUGCAGCACGCAGUGAGGCCUUAAGUCAUCUCAACGUCAGUCCACACACAAGACUGGCCCACGGUCAUCAGCGGCAUCUUCAUUCACUCAGCUGUAACAGACCGCUGUUUACAGAGCUAUAUUGUGCGCAAAACUCCUGAAGCGGCUGAUGUAGGAACUUUUGGCAAGAAAUGGAUUCAUAAUCACUCAGGCUAUACUUGAUUUCCACUGAAAUAACAGCAGCGAAUGUGUAGUUUCAAUUGCUGCUCAAGACUGCAAGAAACCAGGAACUCGUUCCUCAAAACAAAGGGAACCAAUAACCAGCUGUCGAGUUUGGUAUAGAUACUCUAUGGCCAAUGUGUCUCGUUAAAAAUCCUAUUUGGGAAGCAAAGCACUAAUGUUCAGAAUCAAACAUAAAUUGCACCUCUUCAAAUGAUUGAUACUGAGGUCGCCGGGGUCGACACUGGGCGGUGAAUACCUGGGGUUGAGUGUGUGUGUGUGUGAGUGUUUGUAUUCAUAAUGGAUCUUUGCAGUCGCAGCGGAUGACCAAGAAGUUCUUGUGAUACACAUGCCUUGCAGCAGGGCUUUGGUAAGCUGUACUUAAUAGGUGAACCACAGACUAAUCAUUAAGGAUUAGCACUCCCACACAACUACUGCAUAUGAACUGUCAAUAUUGCUCAUAUUGCAACACUCAUAUCCUGGAAACAAAACUGUGGUUUUGUUCGAAAAGGCAUAACAUUUGUUGGACUUGAUGUACUAAGAGUUGUGUUCCUUGUGCAUCGAGCAAUGUGUGACAUAUGAAAGUUCUCCUGUUAUUCUGUACAUUGAGUGAGAAGUGAAUUGCCCCUACCAAUCAUAUUGUAGUCCUGAACGGACACAUGCCCACACAAUGUCUUUGUUCACCAGCCUUCCUAAACAUAGCUACUCAACUAGCUUUGCUAUAAUGUACAUAGCUGUGCUGUAAAUAUUAUGAUGACCUUUCAGGAGCAGUUGGGCAUCUUGCUCAAGGAAACCCUAUAUGGUCACACAGCAGCCAUGGGGGGAGAUACAAACCCAGAAUUAUUUAUAUUUAUUAAAAAAUGUAAUACCAUGGGGUAAUAUAAUGUAGAUGUACCAGGCUGCACUGCUUUGGUUUACACACUUUGGUUCAGGCAGCUACCAUAACCCACAUCCGGUCCUCCCUUGGGACAUACACCUAUACACCAUUUGGGACAGGGUAAUCUUCUAGGCCUCUCCGCCGUACAUUCCUGAGAUUUAUGCUCUCCUACACAAUUAUACAAUACAAAGUCAUCUUCAGGACUGUGAAAAACAGGAAGAAAGAGGAUAGGUGCCGAACUCGCAUGACGGGUUUCUUUGUAUCUUAUUUCAGAAACAAUAGUGCCUCUAUUUGUGCUAUACUUCCUACUGUAUCUCUCUACCUGUGGCCUACUCUACUCAGCUAUAAGGUCAUGGAGUAGUCCUAUGACCAUACAUAACUUGCGUGGAAGCCCCGCGCGCCCUCUUUUUUUUCUUCCUUCUCGCUCUUUUCUACUUAUAUACUUUGAUUAUAGUUGACAUUAGGUUCCAACGGUUUAAAAGGUUUAUAGUUAAAUGAAUGCAUGCUUGAAAAUGUACCUAUCGUGGUCAUUUAAUCAAUCGAUGGAAUAGUCGAGUGUUUGAGUGGAAUCUUUUUUCAUUCAGAUAUUUUUGUGUUUGCCAUUUACUUUGAUUUAACUUAAUAAUAUAAUUAAUAAUAAUAUAUAAUAAAACUUAUUUUGUACGGCGCUUUUUUUUUAUUAUAUUGUACCAAAAUAUUAAGGACACUUUACAGCAAGAAUAAUAUAUAAUAAAGACAUCAUAAAAAGCA